GCAAAAGCUGAUGAACAGAUCGCGGUCACUGUAUCCUUCCGCUGCCUUAGUAAAUCAGAUUCUAAACCACUACAGAACCCGCGCCGAACACUGAAAGCCUUAGAAGCAUACAGUCAAACUCGAAUCAUACUACCGAAAAUUGAUAUGGCAACGCGAGCACGAGCCAUUGAUCCAGUGGAGGUUAAGAGGACCUUUGCUGCUCAGUUCGAAAGCAACGAUAUUGUCACAUUUGAAGCCGGCAAGCGCUAUGGAGAUUGGCGCGACGACUUUCACCGAAAUGGCUGCGCUGUCAUCAAGAAUGUCAUCAGUAAAGAGCGUGCCCAAUACUACUGCGAUAAGCAAAUCGAAUGGUUGAAGAAAUUCGAACUUGGCUUCGACGAAAAGGAUCCUACUACAUGGACUGCGGAUCACCUUCCAAUCUGUUUCAAGGGAGGUAUGUAUUCUGCAUACGGUGCGUCCCAUGAGCAAAUGUCAUGGGAGGCUCGUACGGAGCCAAAAGUCAUUGAAGUCUUCGAGAAACUUUGGGAAACCAAUGAACUUAUAACGUCGUUUGACGGCAUGAACAUUUCUCUCCCGAACCGUAACGACAUCACGUGGAGUCCAUGGCCGCACUGCGACCAGAAUCCUGAAAGAAAAGGCAUGCAAGCUGUUCAAGGCCUUUUGAACUUUGCGCCCAACGGCCCAAACGAUGGUGGCCUCGUUCUGAUGCGUGGCUCAGCUAAGCUUUUCGAUGAAUUCUUCGCCCACAAGCGUGAAUCCGCCGAUCAUGAGGACGCUCCGCCCCCAGAAAUAAAGUUCAUGGACCUUUUCCUCUUCAACGAGAAGGAUGUCCAGUGGUUCGAAAGUAAAGGGUGCGAGCUCUUCAAGGUGAACAUGGAGCCCGGUGAUUUUGUGUUGUGGGAUUCGCGGACUAUGCACUACGCCCGAUUCCCCGAAGGUGAUCAGAUCAGACAUGUGCAGUACAUUUGUAUGACACCGCGGAGAUUCGCUACGGAUGAAGCUUUGGAGGCAAAGAAAUAUUGCUUCGAGAAUUGGUUUGGCACGACACACUGGCCUCACUGCAACAUUCGCCCGUCACAGGACCCUCCUAAAAGGAAUGGAGAAAUCUGUCCCAAGCACCGGAAAGAGCCAUUUGAAAAGCCCCAGAUCACAGAUCAGCUGUUGAAGUUGGCUGGGAUCAGGGACUACUAGUUAUCGCAACCAGAGUUUAAGUUUGCGACAAGAUUUUAGUAACUCGGUGUACCCUGAUGUAGCAUAGCUCAAUCUUUUCUGCCAGGCUACCCGAGGAACAACGUAUUGGACAGACAGAAUGAGAAUGUGCUCUAGCAACCGUAUCGUUCUGAACAAUGGCUUGAUACGUCUUGCUGCGACAGCGAGCCCGUUGAAAUCGAGAUGCCAGCAGUGCAAUUAUCAGAGUUCGUCAAUUUAUACCGACACUUGUGGGCACAACACGCGAAAUAGGUAUCUAGCAAUGUUCAAAUUGGCGAAGUGCUCUAGAUGACUAUCCCAUCAAGAAAGGUAGCACGGCACGGGUAGGUAAGAAGGCAUUCAAUUUGGAGGAUAAGAG